AUGGAGAAACCCAAAAGACGAUUUGUGGGCAGGAAAACCACGCGGGCGGCCGACGGGUCGGUGGUUCCCGUGGUGAAGAGGCACGUGGGAAGAGCAGUCAACCAGAUCCCCCAGGAUAUCCUUGACGAUAAGGAGUUAAACGAGGCCAUCAGGUUACUUCCUUCAAACUACAACUUUGAGAUCCACAAGUGUGUUUGGAAUAUUCGGAAGCACAAGGCCAAGCGGGUGGCGCUUCAGAUGCCAGAGGGCUUGCUUAUUUAUUCUUUGGUCAUCUCGGACAUUUUGGAGCAGUUUUGUGAGGUGGAGACUGUAGUGAUGGGAGAUGUCUCCUAUGGAGCAUGCUGUAUCGACGACUACACCGCCAGAGCCUUGGACUGUGAUUUCAUUAUUCAUUAUGCCCACUCCUGUUUGGUGCCGAUCGAUGUCACCGCCAUCAAGGUGCUCUAUGUCUUUGUCACUAUCAACAUCGAGGAGCAGCACCUUAUCAAUACUAUCCAGAAGAACUUUACACAGGGCAGCACCAUCGCCUGUUUCGGCACGAUCCAGUUCAAUCCUACCAUUCACAGCAUCAGAGGCAAGCUCGAAGCCGCAGAAGAGCCCAUCUACAUCAUCCCACCUCAAACCAUGCCUCUAUCGAAAGGUGAGGUUCUAGGGUGCACCUCGGCCCGUCUAGACCAGAACAUAGACGCCAUGGUGUACAUUGGCGACGGCCGUUUCCACCUCGAGAGUGCCAUGAUACAUAACCCCGACAUUCCAGCAUAUCGGUACGAUCCGUAUCUGCGGAAGUUCACCAGAGAACGCUACGACCAACAACAGAUGGUGCAAGUGCGUCAGGACGCCAUUUCGCAUGCCAAGGAGGCGAAGAAGGUUGGUCUCAUAUUAGGAGCCUUGGGACGGCAGGGAAAUCCACAGACGCUCGACCGUUUGGAGAAAGGGUUUGCACAAGUCGGCGUGGAAACGGUGAAGAUCAUCUUGAGUGAGAUUUUCCCUCAGAAAUUGGCCAUGUUUGACGAUGUGGAUGCUUUCGUGCAAGUGGCGUGUCCUCGGCUUUCAAUUGACUGGGGCUAUGCGUUCGAAAAGCCUUUGCUAACGCCUUACGAGGCUAUGGUUAUGAUAGGCGGCGACCGCUGGCAGGAUGGUUACUAUCCCAUGGACUACUACCGGAAGGACGGCUACGGAAGGGGAAAUGUACCUGCCAGAGAUUAG